AUGCUGCCGCCGGCCGCCGCUCCCCGCCGCAGCCCGCCGGGCCACGGCGGCGGACAGAGCCCCGGCAGCGGCUCCGCCGCGCCUGCGCGCUGGGGCGGGAGCGGCGGGAGCUGCGGGGCCGGAGCGCUCCGCGCCGCCCGCUGCCCCCGCCCGGCGGCGGGCCCGGGGCUGGCGGCGGGGGCGGGCCCGCGACGGAGCUCGGCGCCGCACCGGGAGGGGCCCUGGCUGCGCGCCGUGCCCGCCCGAGCCCCCGCUCGCCCCCGCUGCGGGGCGCCUGUGGCCUGGAGGGCUCUGGGGAGGGUCCUGCCCCUCUCCGGGGGGGUCCCGGCGCUGGGCCCCCCCGCACCCACCGGCAGCGCGGGCGGAGGGGCUCAGCUCCCCCCGCACCCACCGGCACCCCAGCGGCUCCCACCCGCCUCCAGCCUUGCUUUCUCCAAAGGGAUGGACGGGAACGCCAUCGCCGGGGGCAUGGAGGGCCAGGACAGGAGUCCCCACUGGAAGGUGGAAAAUAAGCAUGAGGAGAAAGUCCAGGAUUCUGACAGACAGAAGGACGAGACCAAGGCAGAGAUGGGGAGCAAAACCUGGGCAGACCUGGCUGGGGAGAUGAAGGUAUUCCUGUGGAACCCAGAGGAGAGAACGUGCCUGGGGAGAACAGCCAAGAGCUGGGGUUUGAUCUUACUGUUUUACUUCAUUUUUUACACGUGCCUGGCGGGAAUGUUUGCCUUUUGCGUGUACGCGAUGCUACUCACGCUGAGCCCCUACACGCCCAGGUACCGGGACCGCGUGUCUCCGCCAGGAGUAAUGAUCAGACCAUACUUGAAUGGGUUCACCAUUGCCUUCAAUGUCUCUCAGCCCAGCACAUGGCAACCCUACGUGGACAUCAUGCACCGCUUCCUAGCCGCUUAUGACGACAAAGUUCAAGAGGAGAAGAAUAUCGAGUGCAUCUCAGGACAGUACUUCAUCCAAGGGGGCAAUGAAAGCGAGGAGAAGAAGGCUUGCCAGUUCAAGCGCUCUGCGCUGCAGAACUGCUCUGGCAUUGAGGAUCCAACGUUUGGCUACUCUAAAGGCCAGCCCUGCAUCCUGCUGAAGAUGAACCGGAUCAUAGGCUACCGUCCUGGUGCUGGGGUCCCUGUGAGCGUCGACUGCAAAGUGCAGAAAGGCAAUGAGAGCGAUCUCAGGUCGGUGGACUUCUACCCUGGAAACGGGACAUUUGAUCUCAUGUAUUACCCCUACUAUGGCAAGAUGACUCACGUCAACUACACAUCCCCACUGGUGGCUAUGCACUUUACAGAUGUGAAGAGGAAUUAUUUGGUCCCUGUUCAGUGCAGUCUGAAUGGGAAAGGCAUCAUCAACAAUGUUAACAGCGACCGCUUCCUCGGACGAAUCAUCUUCACGCUUAGCAUUGGAAAGUAGCCACCAAAGACGCUGGGCACUUAGGUUAAGUCAAUCAGAGGCUUUUUCCUUUUUAAAGCAUAAAGCCAGCAUUUUUUCUGCUAGGAAAAACAGGCACAUAGAUAUUUUUGUUAAUUUAUUUUUGUUCAUAGUUAGGAAACAAAUGAGAUGCAAUGGAGCAUGGAACCACAUUUUUCAUCAUCUGUUGUAAAUCAUUAUUAGUAAAAAUUAGAAGUUAUCUCCUGGGCAGAGAACCUGCAAAAGCAUUUCAGUUUUGAUUAAAAAAAGACCCUCUGGUAUCUGAACACUAUUUUUCUAAGGUCUUUUACAAGUGACCCCUGUGGAAUGCAUUUUUCCUGGCUUUAAACCUUAAUCUCUACCAUAGUUUUAUAUGCAUUUCUCAGGCAAAAGCUAACAAGAGGGUAGUUUAUUAGCACUAUUCUUGUUAAAAUAAUAAACAGCAAAAAAUUCUGGAUUAUGCCUGCAAUGACAGAGUUAAAAAGUGAAAAUGGUAGAUCUCAAAAUGCCUCCUAGGAUCUUCGGCACCAGGAGCAUCUGGACUGCAGCGUUUCACACGGCUUGUUCAGAACACCCAAGGCGUUGGAGCAAAGGCCACGUCAAAAAAACAUCUGCCCUCGAACCUUUCCAACUGCUCCUUUCUGAAGUGGGAAGAUGAAUGCAUUUUUCCUCCUUCCUCCUCCUCAUUCCAGUACUUCUCUCUGCCCCAGGAAUCCUCACCAAGUCUAUUAAGCAGGGAGGAGUGAAAGCUCUCCCCUCGCUGUCCCAGCUGGCAGGGUGACGGCACCCCCUUCCCCUGCUCAGGCACAGAGGUGACAGCGAGAUGUCAGACACAUACCCCACCCCCACCCCCAAUAUUUCAGGCUCGUUCUUGCCUGUUCCACAGAGGUCACAGCUACAGCACCGCAGAAAAACACAAGGGAACGCUCAGUCGUUUCAUCCUUACGGGGUCAACGCUGGUAUGAGUGAAGCCAUCAAUUUAUCAUCCCGCAAGAGAUACGAAGCACAGGUGCCCUGGUCACAGUGCACCUCCCUGGCACGGGGUGCUGAACCCUGCUCAGCACGCUGUGAGCCGUGAGCACAGCAGGAUGGGACACCUUGGGGUGAUGUGCUAGUUGGAAAGCACACUUACUAAAAUUACUGACGGAACGAGAGCAUUAUGGUAUGUUUGCCCUACAUCCUAGUCCAGGUACUGACUCUGCCAUCACUUCCUGAUCUAUGUAAGUCUCUAAGAAGUAAUCUUUUUUUUUUUUGUAUUAAAAUUAAAGCGACUACAGUAAGAUUAA